CUAGAAUCCCACCCACCACCAUCAUCAUCCAUACUACUCAUACCUCAACCUUGUCUGCCGAGUCAGCUGUCGUGAUUCUCGGCGAGACAUGUCCACCUCGUCGCCUGAGCGGAGGCUGAGCUCACUAGCGCCCAAUGGCACUUCUCCGGUCCGCCAUCGCCGAGGUGCCGCCAGCCUGGCUCUCGCAGUGAGCAAUCAUGGUGGAUCCCUCCCUUCAUUGCUGGGCGAGAUGGCCAAGCAAGGGGCGAAUCAAGACGAGAAUUUGCUUCAACUGGCCCAGAACCUCGGCAACCCCUCUUCUUCGGUAUCCGCCUACCUCGCAUCGCUCACGACGCAGCCGCUGGCGAGCUUGCAGUCUCAGCCCGAACUCUUGGCAUCGUCCUCUGUCAAGCUUCAGGAUCAACUGGCCGCUCUGUGUACACGGCAGGUCGGGCCUUUGGUACAAGUACACGAGGCGACACGUUCGCUACCUUCCAGCCUUGAUCAACAGAGAAUUAUACUGGCGAGCCUUGCACAGAAGUCCUUGCCUCGGCUAGCUGAAGCCGCAACUUCCUUUGCUACCCGGGCCGAUGAUACCUUGGUAGCAAGAGACAGGGCACACAGACUCUUGGAGGCUCAUACAUCGCUAUUGUCUGACCUUUUGGAUCUGCCGAACUUGAUCAGGACCUGCGCCCGUGGAGGUCACUUUGCUGAGACGCUGCAGCUUGGACUUCAUAUUGCACGACUUGCCCAACCCACCUCAGAGCUGGGAGGGGGACCGGCCCUUCGCGCCAUCAGAGAAGAAGCCUGGAACGCGCUGCGAGAUUUCAGAGAUUCACUACUAGAGGGCUUGAAGACUCGAUCACUUACCAUAGCAUCGGCCUCACGGACUAUUGCGGCGAUUCGUAAAUUGAGAGAGCUCGAUCAUGUGCCAGAGCCUACUAUUGGAGCUCUUGCACUGGGGCUCUCCGAAGAGGAAUUGUCCCUUUCUUUGCUUCGCUCGAGAGCUUCAGUGCUACGCGAGAUUCUCUCAGCACCCUUCGCCCAUCAGCAAAAGCUCCGACCUUCCCAACACGUCGCAGCUGCCCACCUGGAAGGCUACGUCAGUGCCUGGAGACAAGGAAUUGACGAGACAUGUGCCAUUGUUUCAGGUGUCUUUCAGGACGGCAAUGCAUCGCAAGGGAAUAUGAUGGCUUCUUUCAUCCAAAUCCAUAUCACAGUACUGCAGAACGAGCUAGCAGAAGGAGUCGGAAAGCUCACGGCCCCUCUUGUGUCGCUCGAUCCAACCAGCUCACGGUUGCCUUCUAUACCGUCUGCGGCUGCUACGGCUGCUGCUGCUGAGGCUGUAGCAUCCGAUAUUCAGGCUCUGCACACACAAUUGGCGUUCACAGCUCAGACGCUUGCCAAGUGGGGCGCAGACAUUGCCCCGUUGGUGUCCGGAUCAGACAGAGCUUACAGCCUCGAACGAUCGGCAAUGCAGGUCCUGAGCGUGCCCCUGGCGAGAUCUCGCGCGACUAUGCAGAGACGCAUGCCAUCCAAUCCAUUGACGUUGCCCUCAAGCUGGCUGGUCAGCCAAAGCAGAGCUGCAGAGCUCAUAUCGCACCAAAACAGACAGCCUGAUCCCAGAGACGUCGGAGCUCUUGCCUCCUUCCCUCCUCUGGCUUUCUUGCUCAACGAUAUCCUCAUUGGGCUCAAUGCAACUCGUCUAUUCGCACCUCUUUCGCAACGGGAGCAUGCUCUGAGCCUGCUGGACCAAGCCUUUGCUGAUGUCACCGCUCGAAUGGCUUCUUACGCAUCGAAUUUGCCAGAGCAAGCAAGCAGCUCAAGUCUGUCAAACCUGCCUUACACUUCGCUGCCUGAUCUGGAGAUAGCCGGAUCUGCAAAUGGUACCGAUGUCCCAGACGUAGCGUCCUCAGUCCAUCGUAGGACCCAGGCGGAGCGUCUGCUCGCCGCCAUCGCGAUAGACCACCUCGCCAAUGUCCUCAUUCCAUACGCUCGGCAAAGUCUUUGGACAGAGGUCUUCGGCGCGACGGACCCUCUGCCACCUCGAUCGCCACGAUCAGAUGACGCUACAGAGUGGAGUAAGGCAACAAAGGCGGCCUGGAGGGCCGACGAAAAGUCGAGGCUUCUGGAGAUCCAGCAAUUGCAAAGGGAUCGGCAGGCAGCCGAAGCGGAGAAGAGCCGCAAAGCUGAACAAGAGCGGCUGAGAGUAGAAGAAGAGACUGCCCAGCGUCAAAAGGACGCUCAAAGGAAAGCGGAAGAAGAGCGUGCCAAGCGGGAGAAGGAGGCUGAAGAAGUCAGAGUCCGUGAGGAAGAGGAGAGAGUGCGAGCAGAGGAGGCGAGGUUAUCUCGAGAGCGGGAAGAGAGGAGGAUACGAGAAGAAGAAGAAAAGAAAGCACGAGAAGAGGAAGAGAGAAGAGUGCAAGAGGAAGCCGAGAAGAGGCUACGAGAGGCAGAAGAGAAGAGAAUAAGAGAGGCGGAGGGCAAGAAGAAGGCACAGGAGGAGGGGAGGAGAGCACAGGAGGAGGCACAAAAGCUGCAAGAAGCAGAGGAGCGGAAACAGCGCGAGAUGGAAAGAGAUCGUCUGGCCGCAGAGGAAGAAGCCACUAUCAAGCGAGAGGCUGAAGGACUGGCUCUCAGGAAAGCAGCUGAAGAGAAAGCACAGCAGGAGCGAGACAUCAAGACACAAGAGAAGGAGGCAACUGCACCCUCAAUAGACAAAGAGGGCGCCGCCAAAGAAGUUGCAGUGGCACAGCAAGACGAGACCCACUCGAUCUCGACAGAAACGCCUAUUGCAUCUGGGACGCAGACGCCUGUCUCCGAAGCUGGAUCAUUAGUAGUGUCAGCCGCCCCUCCUGCCCGGAAGUUGACAUUGGCUGAGAAGCUCAAGGCCAAGGCAGAAGCGAGGCAACGGCAAGCAGCGGCGUCGGUAGCUGCUCAGUCAGGUAGUGCUCCUCCCACUCCCACUCCCGUCGGCGACAAUGAAGUCAGCACUGAUUCUGCAUCAGCAAUGGUGCUUAAUGGGGUCUCUGAGAAGACGGCAGCUCUGGACGGAAAGGCCCGAAUCAGUGCUAGCGAGGUGCCCAGUGCGACAACAGCUUCGCAAGUCGUGGAGGCCGCGGAGCAGCGAGCUUCCAACGAAGCUCAAAAUGAUGCUAUCGGCAGCAAAGAUGACAAGAAUGGCGCCGAAGACGAAGGCGUGGACGAUGGCCAAGAGGAGGAGAAGGAUGACGAGGGCAAGGACGAUGAGGCUGGUCACGAUGGAGAUGUCAUUGAGGGUGGUGGCCAAAGCACGAGCGCUAAGAAGCGGAAGAAGAAGAAGAAGAAGAGCGCAAAGGGGUAAAUGAUGUGUCUUUGCGGUUGAUUGUCAUCUCAUUCAUUGAUACCAUUUUCAGGCACAAAUUCAAUCUGCCGCGCCAAACCCCGACUGUCGUCCGGACGACGUUCGGGCGUAUAUUGACGCCACGCGGGAGGAACAAAGGCAA